UUUCCAAAUUUUGAGGGGUAAAGUGCGAAAAUUAGGAAUUUAUAGGGGGUGAAUUGCAAUUUUCCCGAAAAACAAAACCCAGUUAUAAUAUUUGAAUUAAUUAAGCAUAUGUUCCAAGUUUGGUUUGGCUUUGUCCAUCUGCAGGCCCUCUCUCUCUCUAAUAUUCUCUCUCUAAUAUUCAACCACACUUUCACGACAUUUGACUAGCCUGACAAAAUAUAUUAAACUCCAAAUUAUUUUCUUUGAAAUUUCGCAUUCUUCUCAUUCUCAUUCUUUUUUUUUUUCUGUCAUCAAUUUUUUUUCAUCAAUCUAAAAACAUGAAACCCCAACAACCCAUCUGACAAAUCCCAAUUUUCGAACAAAGCACAAACGUACGAGGAAGAGAGCAGCAGACCAGCCGAACAUGUCAGAAGACGAAACCGAACAUUUUCUCUUCCGUAUAGCCUUACUCAUCUUCUUCAUCCUAAUCACAGGGAAGCUUGUAAUAGGAGACUCAGUCGAAACAGACAGACAAGUACUACUGAACCUGCGUUCGUUUCUCGAGAAAGGUAACCCUGUUUUCGCCAAUCAAGUAAGAUACAUACAAUGGAAUCCUACCGACACGUCACCAUGCAACUGGCCCGGGAUUACCUGCAGCAACAACCGCGUCACCGAAAUCGACCUCUCCGACUGCAACAUCGCCGGCGACAUCUUCGACAACUUCUCCGCCUUAACAGAGCUCACCCACCUCGACCUGUCGGGAAACACAGUCGGCGGCAGCAUUCCGGCAGAUUUAAGCCUUUGUCGGAACCUUAAAUUCUUGAAUUUAUCGCACAACAUCAUCGACGGUGACCUCAACUUCACGGGGUUAUGGAAUUUGGAAAUUCUCGAUCUCUCCCUCAACAGAAUUCGAGUCGACGACAUCCGGUUAGCCAUACCCGAAAACUGCGAUAAUUUACUGGUGGCGAAUAUUUCAAGCAACAACUUCACCGGCGAAGUGGGGCCCGUCUUCGAGAAGUGCCCGAAUUUGAAGUAUCUCGAUCUUAGCUCGAACGAACUGACGGGUGAUGUGUGGCCUGGAUUCGAUGUAAUGAUCGAAAUUUCCCUGUCGAGGAACAGAUUCUCCGGUGUGGUCCCCGCCUCGAUUUUCUCUCCGAACUGCAGCUUACGGGCGUUGGAUUUGUCCGAAAAUGACUUCUUCGGACAAUUCCCUCCCGAAAUUUCAAACUGCAAGGAUUUGAAGGAGCUUACCUUGUGGGGGAACAAGUUCACAGGGCUGAUUCCGAACGAGAUCGGAUUGCUUUCUAAUAUCGAAGCACUUUAUUUAGGGAACAACAACUUUUCGAGAGAGAUUCCGGAGAGUUUAGUCGGGCUCGGAAAAUUGGUGUUUCUUGAUUUAAGCAGGAACAAUUUCAAGGGAGAUGUACAAGACAUUUUCGGACGGUUAACGCAGGUUAAAUUUCUUCUGCUGCAUCGAAACGGAUACACGGGCGGUAUUUAUUCGUCGGGUGUUCUCAAUUUACCUCAGAUUUCCCGUUUGGACUUGAGUUUCAACAACUUCUCGGGUCCGUUACCCGUCGACAUAUCUCGUAUGUCGAGCUUGAAAUUCUUGAUUCUUGCAUAUAAUCAGUUCACCGGGAUUAUUCCGUCAGAGUACGGAAAUUUGUCCGGACUUCAAGCGCUCGAUCUCUCGUUCAAUAAUUUAAACGGAUCGAUCCCUUCGAGCUUAGGGAAUUUAAAAUCACUUUUAUGGUUGAUGCUUGCUAAUAACUCACUCACAGGUCCAAUCCCGAAAGAAUUAGGAAACUGCAGCAGCUUGUUGUGGUUGAAUCUCGCGAAUAAUCGACUCUCGGGUACGAUCCCGUCUCAAUUGACGAGCAUUGGGAGUGAUCCGACGCCUACGUUUAUGCUCAACAGGCAGAACGACCGGGUGCCAGCUGGCUCGGGAGAAUGCUUGGCGAUGAUGAGGUGGAUACCGGCGGAUUAUCCUCCGUUUAGAUUUGUGUACGAUCUUCUUACGAGGAAGAGGUGUCGGAGUUUAUGGGACACGAUCCUCAAAGGCUACGGUAUGUUUUCGGUUUGUCUGCCGGGUUCGAAUAUCCGGACGUCUCAGAUUUCAGGGUACCUCCAGCUCAGUGGCAACCUGUUGUCCGGUGAGAUCCCGUUGGAAAUCGGUAGGAUGCUGAAUUUCAGUAUGGUCCACUUGGGUCAAAACCUAUUUACCGGCAAUCUUCCCUCCGACAUUGGAAAGUUGCCUUUGGUUGUCCUAAAUAUAUCGAAGAACGUGUUCUCCGGCGAGAUUCCGAUGCAGAUCGGCAAUUUGAAGUGCUUGCAGAAUCUUGAUUUGUCGUACAACAACUUCUCCGGUGUGUUUCCGACCAGCUUGAACCACUUGAGUGACUUGAACAAGUUCAACAUAUCCUACAACCCGUUUAUAUCGGGCGUUAUAUCAUCGACCGGCCAGAUGGCGACGUUCGAGAAAUGGUCGUUCGUGGGGGACCCGCUUUUACUUCUUCCCGCGUUCAUGACAAACGAUUCAAACGGUGAAGCGGUGAGCAAGCACGCGGAGAAUAAGAACGCUAGAGGUUUCAAAGCUUUUCUAGUGGUUUUGUCGUUGAUACUUGCGUUUUUGGUGUUCGGGCUAAUGACACUUGUAGUUUGCCUCCUAGUGAAGAGCCCGAUAGACUCACCGGGGUAUCUAUUGCAAAAUUCUAAGUACCGUCACGAACUCGCAUCGAGCUCGGGCGGAUCUUCACCGUGGACGACGUCGGACACGAUCAAGGUCAUCCGACUGGAUAAAACGGCAUUCACGCAUUCCGAUAUCUUGAAGGCGACUAGAAGCUUCUCGGAAGACAGGAUCAUAGGUAGGGGUGGGUCCGGUACGGUUUACAGAGGAGUACUACCCGACGGGAGAGAAGUGGCAGUGAAGAAGCUCCGAACGGAAGGCGUGGAUGGAGAGAGAGAGUUCAAAGCUGAGAUGGAAGUUCUUAGCGGGAACGGGUUCGGGUGGCGGCCCCACCCGAACCUGGUGCCUCUGUACGGGUGGUGCCUCGACGGAGCCGAGAAGUUGCUCGUGUACGAGUACAUGGAAGGCGGGACACUCGAGGACAUGAUAACCGACCGCCUGACGCUCAACUGGAGCAGGCGGUUGGACGUGGCGGUGGACGUGGCGCGGGCGUUGGUCUACCUGCACCACGAAUGCUACCCGAGCGUGGUCCACCGAGACGUGAAGGCUAGCAACGUGCUACUGGAUAGGAGCGGCAGGGCCCGAGUGACGGAUUUCGGGCUCGCGAGGGUGGUGGACGUUGGGGGUAGCCACGUCAGCACGAUGGUGGCCGGGACGGUGGGGUACGUGGCCCCAGAGUACGGGCAGACGUGGCAGGCGACUACCAAGGGGGAUGUUUAUAGCUACGGCGUGCUGGCGAUGGAGCUAGCCACGGGGAGGCGGGCGGUGGACGGUGGAGAGGAGUGCCUGGUCGAGUGGGCGAAGAGGGUGAUGGGAGAUGGGAGAGGUGUGGGGCCCGGUAGAGGGAAUAUUCCGGUGGCUCUAUUGGUGUCGGGAUUGGCGGAAGGUGCGGAGAAGAUGAGGGAGUUGCUCCGGGUCGGGAUUUGGUGCACGGCGGAGAUACCGCAUUUUAGGCCUAAUAUGAAGGAGGUUUUGGGUAUGUUGUUUAGGAUUUGUUGUGGCCAUAGUGAUUCUGUAGAUGGCUCUUUUGUUCGCUCGGUGUGAUAUUUUGUAGAGAAGAUAUAAAGAAUUUUGUUUUAGAAAAGUUGAUAUAGAAACGUUUUUUUUUUUUACAGUUGUAUAGGAUUUUGAUUGUCAUGAUUCUUUUCUGUAAGUAAUUAAACAUGAAAGCUCAUAUUUUUAGA